AUGGCCGAUUUCUUGCGCAAUGCCGUCUUUGACCUCAUCAAACGCGAGGCUGCAGACGCCGACCCAGAUGAGCCUGAGGCCGGCCAGAAAGAGAUCUUCGCAUCAUGGUCGCUAUUCAUCCUCAUCAUGCUACUCAUCGUCGCCCUAUUCACCAGUUACAUGCUCCAGACGAGGAAGAUUCAGGCCGUACACGAGACUGUCUUGUCCAUCUUUGCAGGAAUGGUCAUUGGCCUGAUCCUCCGCCUUACCGCUGCCCAAUCCGUCCUCGGUGCCGUCAGCUUUGACUACCAGUUCUUCUUCAACCUCCUCCUACCACCUAUCAUUCUAGCCUCGGGCUAUGAACUACACCAAGGAAACUUUUUCCGCAACAUCGGAACUAUCCUCACCUUUGCUUUCGCCGGUACCUUCAUCUCCGCCAUGGUCCUGGGUCUUAUCCUCUACGUUUGGACCCGAAUCCCCCUCGAGGGCCUGGACAUCACCUUUGUCGAAGCCAUCUCCGUCGGCGCAACUCUGUCCGCUACCGACCCUGUCACAAUCCUUGCCAUUUUCAACACCUACAAAGUCGAUCCCCAACUAUACACUGUCAUCUUUGGAGAAUCCAUCCUCAAUGAUGCCAUCGCCAUCGUCUUGUUCGAGACGGCCCAGAAAUAUAGAGAAGGCGCUGCUAAGGGUCACUUGACAAUACUGAGCUUAUUUGAAAGUAUCGGCGUCUUCUUGCUGGUAUUCUUUGGCAGUCUAAUGAUUGGCUUGAUUGUUGGUAUUGGCACGAGUUUACUGCUGAAGUAUACCUUGGUCAGACGCUUCCCCAAAAUCGAGAGCUGUCUCGUCGUUCUCAUCGCUUACGCAUGCUAUUUCUUCUCAAAUGCUAUACACAUGUCUGGAAUCGUGUCUCUCCUGUUCUGCGGAAUCUGCAUGAAGCACUACGCAUACCACAACAUGUCCCGUCGAACCCAGCUGACGACAAAAUUCAUUUUUCAGGUCAUGGCUCAACUCUCCGAGAACUUCAUCUUCAUCUAUCUUGGACUUUCACUCUUCACUGAAUCGGGGCUCGAGUACAAACCUCUGUUUAUUCUCGUUACCGUGGUCGGAAUCUGUGUUGCUCGAUACUGCGCCGUCUUCCCCCUAUCUAAGGCCAUCAAUUAUUUCAUCCGGUACAGAGCUCGCAAGCUUGGGCGCGAGGAAGCGGAUGUUCUGCCCAAGAACCACCAGAUGAUGCUCUACUGGGCGGGCCUUCGUGGUGCUGUCGGUGUUGCCUUGGCUGCUGGAUUACAAGGUCCCAACGGAUUUGCUCUUCGUGCUACAGUUCUGGUGGUUGUGGUCUUGACUGUCAUCAUCUUCGGUGGCACCACAGCACGUAUGCUGGAAAUUCUAGAAAUUCGCACGGGAGUCGUGGAAGAAAUCGACAGCGACGACGAAUUCGACAUUGAAGUCGUACCCGGUUCCGGCGGAACAUUCACUAAGAAAGGUGGAGCUGGUUUCGGACACAUGCCACGCCCGAGUCUGGCGGGAGGUAUAUCACUGGCCAGUGUUGCAAACGGACGACCACGCGCGGAGAGCAGAUCAAACAGAGCGGCCUUGUACAGUACUAGCAAUGCUAGCAGUCCGCCCAUCCGUCCUGGUGACGGGCUUGGCCGAAGGGCAAGCAGUAGAAGCGCAAGAGACCAGGCAGCAGCCGAACAAGGUCUGCUCUAUCCUGACCAAAUCGGAGAUGCGUCUGACGAUGAUGAAUCAGGGCUCGACUUGCCACCAUCAGCCAGACGGUCGCCACUCAGAGAUACAUUCCCCACUGCCACGGAAGAGGAAACGCCGUAUGCUGAUGCCAGGGCCAUCGAGGCAGGCCAAGCAGAGUCAAGUCAUCUGACUGCUCGUGGCGCGUUCAGUCAGCUGAUGAACGCGACCGCCGAAGAUGCGGGCACCCUGUUCUCAAGGAUUGAUGAAGGGUUCAUCAAGCCGCAUUUGUUAUUGGACCCUGGCGGCACAAGGUCACCUCGCCCUCAUGGAGGAAGUGCUUAG